AUGCGAACAUCAAUUUUUGCAUGUCCCAAAGAGGGGCAUGGUGGGGUGCAUAUUUGGUAUGACAGUACGGAGGUACGGAGGUACGGAGGUAAAGCAUGGAAGCUGUUGACAUGUACGAGACAGGUAUUCACUGUGUCAAUAGGGGCUGAAGUGGAAGGGAGGACUUGGCUGGCUGGAUCCCUAGAAUCCCUUCUGAAGGCUGAAAGGGCUGACGAUGGUGUCGUGGUCUGGUUGCAGUGGUUAUUUAAGGAAGGAAGGGCCGAAAUCAAAGUCGGUUGCAUAUCAGCCAACACAGAAUUUCCUGAUGGGGACAUUCCAAGCUUCUGGCCAUCGGAUACAAGCAUGUCGGCAAAGCUGCUACAAAGCACGUGUGUUAAAAUGAGAGAAGAGACCUCGUAG